GCUGAUAACCAACCGAUAGCCAGUAGCCUACUCCAGCUUCAAUCAUCCUGCUCAGUGCCCACUUUUUCUGUAUAUAUGCCCUCCUGUUCCCCCUGCUGAUCCCCCUUUUGCUCUAUCGGUUUUUUCUCAAUGGAUUUCUCAAUUCCUCCAGAUGUCUCUCCUGAAAUCGCUUUGAAGCUACAGCAGCUUAUCAACGAAUAUAAAGAUGGUGAUUACACUGAAAAGGGCUACUUCAAAAAGAGAUCUCUAAUAUUGUCUCAAUUCGAGUUGCUGUCUCAAUUUCAGCAGCCAAUUCCCAGUUCAUUAUCAAAUUCCCAAAGCAUCACCACUAGCUUGAAUGCCAAUCUUAAUAAUAAUAAUAAUAACAAUAACAAUAACAAUAACAAUAACAAUAACAAUAACAAUAACAAUAAUUUCAAUAACAUACCAUCUCAUAUAAGAACUGUUUCUCUUAAUUCAAACAUUUACAGUCCUUCCAUAUUAUCAGGAAACUCUUCCAAUUUCCAUUCCUUGCCUUUGGAUGACCAGUCCUAUCCCUUCCCUUUUCAUUCAAGAUAUUCUUCUAUAAAUAGUCACCAUCUAAAUAAUACAAAUUCAAUUAGCCCCAACCACACAAACAACACCAUCAGCAAUGCCAUCAACAAUAAUAUUAAUAACAACAAUAACGUUAAUAACAACAAUAAUAACAACAAUAACCAAAUUAUAUUCUCCAAUAUACAGCCCCAACCAACAAUUCAAAACAGCCCUUUGAAUAACCAAAAUACAAUCCUUUAUAACAACAUAAACUCAAACCAACCCUGCUUUUCAAAUCAGCCCUCCUUCUCAAACUCAACUUCCUUAUUAAACUCUGGCCAAAAUUCUGCUUCUGCUUCUCCUUCCGGUCCAACUUCAAUACCAGCUCUAAGCUCCUCAAAUUUAAACCAGUCAUCCCCACAACCAAUCCAGGUCUCGCCUCAACCAAUCCAAUUGAUCCAAAAACAAAACCAAAUUCAAAUCCCAAAUGUAGAACUACAAAGACCUUUGGACCCAAGAGACUUGAUCAACUUGGGCGCAAAGGAAAAAAUUACAAACCUACCAACAAUCCUCAGACAACGAGGUUUUGCUUAUUCAACCGAUCCGGCCAUCAAUACUCUCGACCAAAAGGGCAAAUUGGACACUUCAAUAACUUGGGGAAAACUAUACCAGAAAGCUGAAAAAGUAGCUCAAUUUGUUCGCAAAAAAACUGGCCUCUACAAAGGUGAUCGCAUCUGUCUAAUCUACAGAAACACUGAACUAAUUGAAUUCAUGGUCGCCUUAUUUGGCUGCUUCUUAGCUGGCGCCGUUGCUGUACCCAUGAUAGAUCUAACCACCACCGAAAUGAUCGAAAUAAUGAACAAAACACAAUCCCAUUUUUGUUUCUACUCAACCUAUGUUUGCAAGGCCUUUGAAAAAUUAAACAACAACACAACUACAAAGAUCAAAUGGCCCAAGGGAGUUGGCUUUCUCAAAACUGAUGAUCUUGGAAACUACCAAAUACCACGAAAAUCUGAUCCCCCUGCCUUAGAUGUCACUGAUAUCGCCUAUAUCGAAUACACAAAAUCUCCUGUUGGCCAGCUUCGUGGCAUCGUUUUACACCAUAAAACUAUCAUGCACCAAAUGUCAAAUUUAACAAAAAUCUUAUCGAGUUCCCCUCUAAUAUCUUCCUCCAUGAAAUCAAUCAAAAGAUCAGAGAUUAACCGCAACACUCAGAAGGAAUCCAUUUUUAGCACUUUUGAUUGCAGAUACUCAACAGGCUUAAUUAUAGGCGUCCUUUUCUUAGUCUAUUCUGGCAACACUCUAAUCUGGGCUCCUCCAGAACUAAUGAAUGUAGCUGGUCUAUAUGCUAACGUUAUAACAAGAUUCAAAGCCGGAAUUCUAUUAGCAGACUAUCUUGGCCUAAAAUCUGUCGCCUUUAAUUACCAGGCCGAUCCUCUUUCUACUAGAAACUUUGAUAAAAAGAAUAAAGUCAAUCUAUCCUACAUAAAAUGGUGUCUAAUAAGUACUUCAACUGUAAAUAGCGAAGUCCUAGAAAUUAUAUCUGAUAGAUGGCUAAAACCCCUAGGCUGCUCAAAGGCAAGAUUAGUUAUAUCCCCAAUUUGUGCUCUAAACCAGUAUGGUGGAAUGAUCAUAUCAAUGAGAGAUUGGAUUGGAAAUGAAAACAAAUUGGGCUGCAUCUUUCAUAAACCAAUAACACCAGAUGAAGAUGGCGCUAAUAAUAUAGACUACAAUUCUUCCUCUGUUAUCGCUGAGGUGUUAAUUGAUAAAAAUUCUUUAACAACAAACACCGUUGAAAUUGUUAGUGACAAACCUCCUCCUCAAUUAACAAAUUUUGAUUCAAAAUAUCUUAGAAUAACUUCUUUUGGCUUUCCUCUACCUGAUACAACUUUGGUCGUGGUCAACCCAGAAACAAGAUUUUUAGCCGGUGUUCUAGAAGUAGGUGAAAUUUGGGUUGAUAGUCCCUGUUUGCCUGGCGGCUUUUGGGAUUCUCAAAAUGAUUCUCAAAAUAUCUUUUUGGCAAAAUGUAAUGAUUAUGAAGGUCCUUUAGAUUUGGAAUUUCUAAGAACAGGCUUAUUGGGCUUUAUUUAUAACGGCAAAGUUUAUGUCUUGGGACUUUAUGAAGAUAGAUUUAGACAAAAAGUAACUUGGAUAGAUAAAAAAUUAUUAAUGGAAAAAUCAGGCAACCCAGAAUUAGGUAUAUUACAAUUUCCUUCGCUUUCUACCAAAAAUUAUUAUGGAACUAGAAGAGAAAACAGCACAAGUCUGAAAGCAUCAAACCUUAAUAGAAAUGAUACGACCGGUUCUAGUGCAAGUACAAAUCCUCCAAUUCCAAAAAUCGAAGGCUUUGAUGAUAAUGGAUAUAGAUACCAUUAUGUUGAACACAUCUCCUACACUUUGUUCAGAAAAUUACCAUUUAUUUCCGAAUGUUCAAUUUUCAAUAUUUCCAUUAAUGAUGAAAGUUUGCCUGUGGCAGUCAUAGAGACAAAACUUGCUGCAGAUCAAAUAACCUCAUCUGGAGCACUUGUAAAGAUAAACUAUGAAGAAUUAGACUUACUAGCCGAAAAAACUUUAAAAUUGGUAGAAAAAUACCACAAUGUCAGACUUUAUUGCUUGCUAAUAGCAGCACCCAAUUAUCUUCCAAGAAUUUAUAAAAAUGGUCAAAAAGAAGUGGCCAAUAAACUGUGCCAGACAAGGUUUGUUCAUGCUGCUUUAAAGGCAAAAUACGUCAAAUUUAAUAUUGCAAAGUCUAUAACAAACAUUCCCUACGGUCUUGAUAUUACAGGUGGAAUAUGGUCUCCAUAUUCCUGUCAAUUGAGAUCGAAUGUUUUAAUGAACUCAGAACUUCAAUUUACUGGAAUUGAUAUAUGCAAAGUUUCUAUUGAUGAUAGAACUAACGCCCCCUUGACAGAUUUUAAAACUUUAGUUGAUAUAUUAAAAUGGAGAGUUUUAAAUAACCCUGAUUAUUUGGCUUUUGGUACAAUUAAUGACACUCAUAGGACAAGAGAUUGCAGUUGGAGAAAAUUUGAUCAAAGAGUUGUAUCUGUUUGCCACUAUAUUUUAUUCAAGACAACUCUCCAGCCAGGAGAUUGUGUUAUCUUAAUGUACAAUAUUUCAGACGAUUUUGCUAUCACAUUGUUUGCAUGUUUUUUAACUGGAAUUGUUCCAAUCCCAAUGAUGCCAUUAGACUCAAAUAUAAUUUCUGAAGAUGCAAAAGCAUUCAUUGAAGUGAUUAAAGAUUUUAAAAUAGGUAUGAUUUUUGUUAAUACCGAUGUGGAACAAAUAUUCAAAUUAAAAAUGGUUUCUAAGGAACUCAAGAAAUUAACUUUCACAACCAAAUUGCCCAAAAUUAAAAACACAACCAAAUAUAAGAGUGUUUCACCAACAACUAUCAGAUCUAAGUUGUUUGAAUUUCAAAAGAAAGCAGAUUUUAGAAACGAAAAAACUGUUUCUUUAAUUUGUUUACAUUGGUUGCCUGAUAAUACCAGAGUUGGAAUAAAAUACAAUCACAUUACUAUAAUUUCCAUGUGUAAAGUGUUUAAAGAAACAUGUAAAUUAACUAGUUCAAGUUCAAUUCUUGCCUGUGCUAGACAUGUUUCUGGUCUUGGAUUACUACAGAGUGUUUUGAUUGGAGUUUAUUUGGGCUGCUCAACAUAUUUGUUUUUGCCAUCUGAUUAUUAUAGAUCUCCUUAUUUUUUCUUUAGUGCAGCUCAAAAUUUUAAAGUAAAAGAUGUUUUGGUUACACCACAAAUGUUGUCGCAUGUUUUAAGAGUACCCCAGAUAUCAAAAUCUUUAAAUUUAGGAAAUUUGAAAAACUUGAUGGUUUGCUUUGAUGAAAGACCUAAACACAACUUGAUGAAGAACACUAUACUACAUUUUGCUCAGACUAACUUAUCAUCAUUUGCUUUAAAUAAUGUUUACUCACACUUGUUCAAUCCUAUGAUUUCAUGUCGAUCAUAUUUAAACAUGGACCCUAUAGAGCUUUUUUUGGAUCCAGUUGCAUUAAGGCAGGGAUAUGUUUCGAUUGUUAAUCCCUCAACAGUACCAAGCGCAAUAAAAAUUCAGGAUUCUGGGUGUAUUUUUUCUUGCACCCAAGUCGCUAUUGUGAAUCCCGAAACUUUAGAGAUUUGCAAAGUUGGAGAAUAUGGUGAAAUAUGGGUUUAUUCUGAAUGCAAUGCCAUUGGUGCCACAAACGGAAAAAGACUAGGGGGUGAUAGAAUUGUAGAAGAACAAUUCAAUUGCAAAAUCAAGAACCCAAUAAAUGAUUUCACUUAUCUCAGAACUGGUGAUUUGGGUUUCAUACACAAUGUUCCUCAGACAGCUAAUGAUGGAUCUACAAUGAUCAUACAAGUUUUGUUUGUUUUAGGAAGCAUUGCAAAUACAAUUGAUGUUUUGGGUCUUCACCAUUUUGUAACGGAUAUUGAGCAUUCUAUUGAAACAUGUCAUCCUGAUGUUUCUCUAUCCUGCGUCUUUAGAUGUGAUGGAUAUACAGUGGCAGUAUGUGCCACAAGAAGAAAUAAAUAUCAAGCAUCUCUUGUGCCAGUUAUAUUCUCAAAGGUUUUGAACAGUAACCAUUUAAUGUUGGAUAUAGUUACAUUUGUUUCAGAGGACAAAUUUCCAAUUUCCAGGCUUGGGGAAAAACAAAGAUUGGCGAUUAUAAAUGGAUUCAGCUCAAAAAAAUUGCCUAUACUUAAUUCAUAUGGAAUAAAUUAUGGUGAAGACUCAGUGAUUCAGACAAUAAACGAGAUAAAUACAUUAGAAGAGGAGGAUUUCUUUCAACAAUGAUUGUGUCAAAGAUAAGAUAAGAAAACUAACUACAUACUGCAUGCAUGGGCUUUUUUUUUUUUUUUUACUUCUGUUUUUAACUUGUAUGAUUAUUCAGUUUUGAUAUAGACAUCUUUAAAAUUUUUUUUCAUUUAUUUUUAGUAAUUUGUAGAAAUAAG